GAACGUGGUCCUGAUGCCACGGAGACGGACGGUGAAGGACAAUCGGCUGAGCGCGACAGGCGUGCGCAACAAGACUUGGUUGGGAAAGGCCAAGAAUCAGCACCUCAAGAUGCAGGAGGAGCUGGACGAGAACCAGCGCCAGUUUGAGGCGAUGCAAGCUUCCUUGGCAGCGAGGCGUGAGGCCCUCGAGGCUAAGGGGCUGGAGGUUGAGGCGCUCAACGAGGAGUUCACGAG